AUGCCGGCGCGCUGGGCGUCGUCGCAGCGGCCGCUGCUGGUGCGCACGGUGUGGGUGGACGGCGCGCGCCACGCCAUCCUCUCCGCGGACGACCCCGCCGCCCACGGGCCGCCCGCCGCGCGCUGCUGCCGAUCCGCCCCCGGGGGCGGGGCCGCCUCCUCACCUGCGGUGGCGGCCAGGACGGUGGCGGCGGUGGCAGCAGGGGGGCGGCGCCUGCUGCGCGUCAGCUUCCUGCUAGGGCCCGAGCCGCCACAGGGACCCGCGCCGCCCCCGCUGCACCCCCACGGCGCCCGGGGCCACCCGCGCCGGCGCUGGCCCCCGGCGUCGCGCCGCCCCCGCUGCUGCGGCCGACCCUUCGUGCCGCUAGGGCCGCCCCCGUCUCCCAGCAGCAGCGACUGCGGGGGCGGUGGCAGCGCCACCGUCAGCGACGACGAGGAGGCGGCGGCGGCGGCGAUCGAGAGUCCGGGGGCGGAGCAGCUGGCCGGCCCUCUGUCGGAGCGCGUGCUGCGCUGGCUGCACCUGGCGGGCCGCGACGCCCCCGCGCCGCCCUCGCCGCCCCUGCCGCCCCAACAGCCGCCGCCGCUGCCUCCACCGCUGCCCGCGUCCCCCCGGCCGCUGAGGACACCGCGCCGCGUGGUGCGCACAGUCAGCCUGGAGGCGUCCCCGCCGUCGCCGCCGCCUCCACCUUCGCCUCCAUCUUCGCCGCUGCCUUCGCCACCUCCGUCCCCGGAACCGGAGCAGAAGGCGGGCCAGUGUCGCCCCCAGCUGCACGUGUUCGUGCCCACGCUACCACGGGACUGCGACACCCUCAGCUGCCACAGUGACUCCUGA